GUGGGGAUCUGGGUAGAUUGGCUUAUGUUGAAGCAAACAUCUUUUACUUUGUUUCAGAUUCUAAUGCCUUGUCCACAUGGUCUAGAUUAGGUUUUUUUUUAUGUUCAAUAUGUAUCAUGAAUCGAAAUUACGACUUUGAAUUGCUUAUUUAACUGUUUUCAAACAAGCACAUAAAGAUUCAAUCACAUUGCAUAAUAAAUUACACAAACAAUAUUCAUAUCUGUUGUCUUUCAAGUAUUCUCCCUCGACUACACCAUUCUCUUAUGAUCACCACUUAGAGGUUGCAAAAUAUUUAUUUUUUGCUAGUUUUCUAGCAUUAUUUGAGAGUAAAAGAUAUUCAUAUUCAAGUAGCACUAACUCAUCACAUGGAGUUGAUUAUACGUCUCAUCAUGCCGCUUCCUAAGUUCUGUCUUCAUGUUGCUUCAUGAGUCUGACAGAUUGCAUUGGUUUGCUCUGCCCCUCCUCCCAUUUGUUGCAGUAAUUUACUUCUAUAAAUAAUUAAUAUUCUUUUCUGGGGCCUCCAGGUUUUUCUUAAAAAAGACAAUUGACAAUUUCUUUUUUUUUCCUUUCCAAAACAUAAUUUUCAUUAAUUCCUCUCCAAAUCACCAGUUGAUUGUGUUCUGACACAGAGCGGAUCAAUUUUUUAAAAUAUUAAAAAAUAUUAAAAACAUGAAUAAUUUUUUAACUGUGUUAUUAAAUCUAAUUUAAUAGAUAAAAAUAAAUAAACUAAAAAAAUCAAUAAAACAAAAACCAUACCCAACCCUAUUUGGAUUAUUAAACAACUCAAUGCUAACUUACCUAAAGAAAAACAAAAAAAAAAGGUCGAACUUCUAAAACUAAAUAGAAAACAUCAGCUUAAAAAAUAGAGAAAAAAAUCCAAGCAAACCUAGACAAACUUUCUAAACAUAGUCUAAUCUAAAAAAAUACAACUUAUUAAAUCAUGAACCCGAGUUCAAUUAAGAAACUUAAAUGUCAUUCAAUUUGAUUUUAAAUGAUAAAAUCAUUGAAAAAACUAUUAAAAAAAAUCUUGCAAAAGAAAAGGAACAACAAAAAAAAAAUGGUGCUAAAAUUUGACAAGCAAAGACCCAAUAAGGAUGAAAUCUAAAAAAAAUUAUCGCAAACUAAAAAUAUUUGUAAUAUGAUAAAUUAUUUGUAAUAUGAUAAAUUAUUUAUAGAUUGAAAAACGGUAGGGGUGAAAUAGAAAAAAAAUUGUUGUGGGCUAACCCAAUAAAAUCAAAUUGAAAAAAACAAGAAACCAAAAGUUAAAAAAAGAGAAUUAAACCGAAAAACAAUAACAAAAUAAAAGUUAAAAAAAAGGAUAAAAAUUAAGCCUAUCAAUUCAGAAAAAAGAAAAAAAAAAGUAAACCUCUUAAACCUAGUCUAAUAUUUAAAAAUUGAAUCCUGUGAAAUCUUUUACCUGGAUUUAAUCAAGAAGUAUAAUUCUCCACUAAUUUAAUUUUGAAGGAUGGGAUCAGUAGAAAAAUAUUAAUAAAAAAACAUGUAAAAGCAACAAAAAGAAUAAGGAUAAAACUUGAUAAGAAAAACCAAAGGAGGAUGCAAUUUAAUGAAAAAAAUAAAAAUAAUCUCAAAUAAAAUAAAUAUUAAUUAAAAAAAUAAGAACUAAAAUUUAAAGAUUAAAAAAAUUAUAGGGGAUGAAAUUGAAAACAUCUGUAAAAACCAAGUAAAUUUGAACAAACAUCCUAAGUAUGAUCAAAUCUUAAAAAACUCGCAACUUAUGAAACCAUGGAUUCAGGUUCUAUUAAGAAAUUUAUUAUAAAUCAGUUUAAAAUAUAAAUUUAAAAAACUUAUGAAGAAAAAAAAAAUAACAAAAAAAACUUUGAGUGAACUUGACCGGGACAACAAAUCAAAUAUAUAACUUAUAACAUAAAAUUGAAAGAAUUUAAAAAAAAAAGAAAAAUAAAAAAAUAUCAGUAAAAAAAAUAUUAAAAAACACUUUUAGAAAAUGAAAAUUAAUUCUGGCUAAUCCUUCGUAUAAAAUGACAAGAGGCAAAAUAGUGAAAAGACUAAUGAUGAAAAGGUAAAAUAGUAAUUAUACUAUUACAAUAAAUAGAAAUAUACAUCUUGAAACAUCGCCGGGGGAUUAGUUUAUUUGGAAAAUAAUAUACUACUUUGCAAUAUGCUCAAUAGCUACAUCAAGUAGCAAUCAAACACUGCUUUGAAAUAUUCAAUAACCGAUAGAGAUCUUGACGUGUAGCCCAGGCAACAAGAUCUUCAAGUCGUGAGCAAUUGUCUAGCAAAGUUUCAAGUCUAUAAUAAGAAGGCGAGUAGUCUCUUUGAAUAUCCAAGUCUACGGCGACUUUGAAAGAGACUUAACUGAUCAAGUGAGAUGCUAGCAUAUUCUACCAUGCUUGUUUACACACACAAGUAUUUAUGUUUGUAUGUUCUUCAAUUCUCUCAAUUGAUUUAUUCUAUGAAUCCUGCUCCCUCAAGAUUAAGCAACUUUGCUCAACUUUUAUCUUCUUCCAUCAAGAAGAAUCUUAAAACCAUGUCGUUGUUUCUAAUUACUUUGUUAAUGCUUACUUCACAACAUGUUUCUGCUUCAAGUACUGAUCAUCAACAAGCUGCUGGAGGAGUGCUAGAAGUGGAGGCAUUACUCAAAUGGAGAAAAAGCCUCAGUGGCCAAGGUCAAUCUGUUCUCUCUUCAUGGAAACCCGUUCCCGGAUCAAACAUGAGCCCAUGCACUUGGUCUGGGAUCCACUGCAAUGAUGGUGGAAGUGUCUUCACCAUAAACCUAACCAAUUUCCAGUUGAAAGGCACGCUUGAUGACUUCAACUUCUCAUCCUUCCAUAAUCUGUCUUGUCUUGAUCUCCAACACAAUUCCCUCAAAGGAAAUAUCCCUCCUCAUAUCAGUAAUCUAUCCAAGCUUACCAUUCUCAAUCUGGGUUAUAAUCAAUUCACCGGAUAUAUUCCUCGGGAUAUAGGAACUAUGACGAAACUCAAUGUCUUGAGCUUCUCAAACAAUCUUCUUCUGGGUUCUAUUCCUGCUACUGUUGAAAACUUAUCCAAUCUUUCAGUACUAAACCUUGCCAACAAUCGCCUAUCCGGCUCAAUCCCACCGGAGCUUGGAAGGUUGAAAUCCCUCAGUGAGCUUCGCUUGAAUUUAAAUGACUUGACGGGUGCAAUCCCUGCCUCUAUAGGUGAUCUCAUAGGCCUCAAGGUUUUGUCUCUCUAUGGAAACCACUUGUCUGGUCCACUACCUCCAGAGAUCAACAAGCUUACCAAUUUGACGUUGUUCUUUUUGUCAAACAAUAGCAUUUCUGGUUUGUUACCUGAAAAAAUUUGUCAUGGAGGCAUACUCGAAGAUUUUUGUGCAAGUAACAAUCGCUUUACGGGUACUAUUCCUAAAGGUCUGAAGAACUGCACAAGCUUAUCUAGACUUCGACUUGACAGGAACAACCUCGUUGGAAACAUAUCAGAAGACUUUGGUGUGUACCCAAAUCUUGAUUACAUUGAUUUGAGCUACAAUAAUUUUCAUGGACAAGUAUCACCAAAUUGGGGAAAAUGCCAGCGGCUCACAAGCUUGAAAAUAUCCAACUGUCAUGUCACUGGUGUGAUACCGCCAGAGCUCGGAGAGUCAACAGCUCUGCACUAUUUAGACCUUUCUUCAAAUAAACUUGAAGGCAGAAUACCAAAUGAGUUAGGAAAGCUGAAGUCGCUGUUCAAUCUAACUUUGAGUUUCAAUAGUCUCUCAGGCAAGAUUCCUCCUGAAAUUGGAUCGUUGCCUGAUCUUUCCUAUCUUGAUCUAGCAGCAAACAAUCUAAGUGGCACCAUACCCAAACAACUUGGUAAAUGCUCAAAGAUGCUUUACUUAAAUUUGAGCAACAACAGUUUUCAUGAUGGCAUUCCUGCUGAAAUCGGGAAUUUGGUGUCUCUGCAAGUUCUGCUAGAUCUUAGUAGAAACUUGCUUUCUGGGGAAAUUCCGUGGCAACUUGGGAAUUUGAUCAAAUUGGAAGUUUUGGUACUCUCUCACAAUAACUUCACUGGUUUCAUUCCAUCCACAAUGGACCAGAUGCAGAGUUUGAGAAUAGUUGACCUAUCCUACAAUGAGUUGGAAGGUCCAAUUCCAAAAAGCAAAGCCUUCCAAGAAGCACCACCAGAAGCAUUUACACACAACAAAGGCUUGUGUGGCAACCGUACUAGCUUGAUGAAUUGUCCUCCUCCCGUAAACACCACGAAAGACCGCAAGCAUCUACUACUCCUGAUCGUCCUUCCUGUUUCUGGAGCUUCAUUCUUCUUGACCAUUCUUAUUGGUUUUGUCUGUAUUCUAAGAAAAGAAUGGAGGAAGAGCAUGAGAAACAAGCUCAUUGAUUCACAGCAAGGAAAUUUGUUUACUAUCUGGAGCUAUGAUGGGAAGCUAGUAUAUGAAGACAUCAAUGGAGUAACUGAGGGUUUUAAUGCCAAGUACUGCAUUGGAGUGGGAGGACAUGGAAGUGUUUACAAAGCCAAGCUGUCAACAGGUCAGAUUGUAGCAGUGAAGAAGCUUCACCCAUUGCAGUAUACAAGAUCGGACGAUCUGAAGACAUUUGAGAGUGAAAUUCAAGCGUUGAAUAAAAUUCGACACAGAAACAUUGUGAAGCUUCAUGGUUUCUGCUUGCAUGCCAAGCAAUCAUUUUUGGUUUAUGAGUACUUGGAAAGGGGAAGCUUAGCUCGGAUCCUGGAUAAUGUAGAACAGGCUAAAGAGCUGGAUUGGUCUAAGAGAAUCAAUAUUGUCAAAGGGGUUGUGAAUGCUCUUUGUUACAUGCAUCACGAUUGCAAGCCGCCUAUUAUUCAUCGUGACAUAUCUAGUAGCAACAUAUUGUUGGAUCGCAAAUAUGAAGCUCGGGUGUCUGAUUUUGGCACUGCUAGACUUAUAAAGCUUGAUUCUUCGAACUGGACAGGGCUUGCUGGCACUUACGGAUACAUUGCACCAGAACUCGCUUACACGAUGAAGGUCACUGAGAAAUGCGAUGUAUAUAGCUUCGGAGUUGUUGCACUGGAAAUAAUUAUGGGGCAUCAUCCUGGUGAACUAAUAGGUUCUCUUUCAACUUUGUCAACAUCUUCGGAAUGGAAUCCCGGGAGUACUACGUUGUUGAAAGAUUUGUUGGACAAACGCCUAGAAACUCCUGCUCGUGAAUUGGCUGUCCAAGUUGCCAUAAUUAUCAAGCUCGGAUUCACAUGCAUCAAUGCCGAUCCAAAAUCUCGCCCCACGAUGCCUCAGGUUUCUCAAGAGGUAUCGAUUUCAAGGCUUGAUAUCUCCUCCGCGCCAUGGCACACACUUACUUUAGGAGAGCUUGUGAAUCUUGGUUUGCAAGUAGAGGAACCGUAACGGUGUAAAGUGCCGCUGAGGACCACAACUUGUGUGUGUAUUUAUCCUUAACAAUGUAACUUCUAUUACCGUCAAUCAACUUCUGAGGCUAGUGUAAAUCAUUUUUAACCACAAUUAUUUUCUUAAAUUAUCUAUUACCGAGAACGAGUAUUGUGUACCCAAAUAUUAAUAAAAAGUCAUUUCUUGAGAACCUAA